GGAAGCACGGGGCGGUGCCGUGGGAGGAGCCGCGCGUGGGGCACCGGGGAGCGAGUCCCUCCGUCUCCGCGAGUCGGCGCUUUUGUCCCCGCGGGAGGGGCCGGGCUUGGUGAGCGGCGGGCGGGGACUAGGGUCGGAGUCCAGGGACGACGUGGGUCGUGGGCACCGCCAGCCCCGGGCCCUGCGUUCCUCCCGGGGGCCGCGUUUCCGUCCCUGAGGCCUCGGCUGUGUGCUCAGGUAUGGCCAACAACUGUGCAGCCUGUAAGAAGCCUCGAAAGAAGUCUUUGUGCCUUUUUAUUUCCAGCUGAGAAAAGCGUCAUUCAAGCUCAGAUUCCUGCUGAAACCAGCCACGAGGUCCACCUGUUGUCACUGACCCGUGGGUUUCUGUGUGAUCAGGAAUUCUGGAGUGGCUUGGCUGGAAGGCUCUGGCUGGAAACCUGCAGAAGGCUUUCAGCUGGGUCCGCGUCAUCCGAAGGCCCCACUGGUACUGGGGGCCCCUCCAUGGCCUGCAAGUCAGAGCUGGCUGUUGGUGAAAGGCCUCAGUUCCUCUCCACCUAGGCCUCUCCACAGGGCUGCUUGAGCAUCUUCCCAGCAUGACAACUGGCAUCUGCUAGAGCAGCAUCCCGGAGACCAACGCAGCAGCUGCAUUGCUUUCUAGGACCUAGCCCUGGAAGUCACCCCUGCACCCACCCCCGCUGUCUCUUAUGCCGUGUUCUGCUGGUCACACAGAGCACUGUCCUGAGGGUGCUGCAGGAAGAAGGAAGGCUCAUCCUGCCUCCCGGCUGCCCUUUUGUUGUCGGAGUCACAGGAUGGCGGCCCUUGUCCUACCCGCCACCGGUGCUGCGUCUUCCCCGUUCCCAGCCUCUCAGCAAAAAGGACACACAGAAGGCGGAGGCCUGGUUAAUGAGCUCCUGACAAGCUGGCUGCAGGGGUUGGUGACCUUCGAGGAUGUGGCUGUGGAGUUCACCCAGGAGGAGUGGGCGUUGCUGGACCCUGCCCAAAGGACACUGUACAAGGAUGUGAUGCUGGAAAACUGCAGGAACCUGGCCUCCCUGGGUUGUCAUGUUAAUAAACCCAGACUGAUAUCCCAGUGGGAACAAGACAAGAAGGUAAUGACAGAGGAAAGAGGAAUUCUACCAAGCACCUGUCCAGAUUUGGAGACUCUACUUAAAGCCAAAUGGUUAACUCCUAAGAAGCAUGUUUUCAAAAAAGAACAGUCUAAACGUGUAAAAACAGAAAGAAGUCAUCGUGGAGUGAAGCUCAAUGAAUGCAAUCAGUGUUUUAAAGUCUUCAGCACAAAAUCUAACCUAACUCAGCACAAGAGAAUACAUACUGGAGAAAAACCCUAUGACUGUAAUCAAUGUGGGAAGUCCUUCAGCAGUAGAUCUUACCUAACUAUUCAUAAGAGAAUCCAUAAUGGGGAGAAGCCCUAUGAAUGCAAUCACUGUGGGAAAGCAUUUAGUGAUCCCUCAUCCCUUAGACUGCAUGUGAGAAUUCACACUGGAGAAAAACCCUACGAAUGUAAUCAGUGUUUUCACGUCUUCCGCACUAGUUGUAACCUCAAAAGCCACAAGAGAAUUCACACAGGGGAGAACCACCAUGAAUGUAAUCAGUGUGGAAAAGCUUUCAGCACAAGGUCCUCCCUAACUGGGCACAAUAGCAUUCAUACAGGAGAGAAACCUUAUGAAUGUCAUGAUUGUGGAAAAACCUUCAGGAAGAGCUCCUAUCUGACACAGCAUGUAAGAACUCAUACUGGAGAAAAGCCCUAUGAAUGUAAUGAGUGUGGGAAAUCCUUCAGCAGUAGCUUUUCUCUUACUGUGCACAAGAGGAUACAUACUGGAGAGAAACCCUAUGAGUGCAAUGACUGUGGAAAAGCCUUUAAUAAUCUCUCAGCUGUGAAGAAGCACUUAAGAACUCACACUGGAGAAAAACCCUAUGAAUGUAAUCAUUGUGGGAAAUCCUUCACUAGUAACUCCUACCUUUCUGUGCACAAGAGAAUACAUAAUAGGUGGAUAUGAAUUACUGCAGGAACAUCUGGGGGAAAGCACUCAUUGAUCUUUCAUCCUUAAGAUAUUUUGAGAGAGCUCACACUGGAUGUAUGUUAUUUCUUACAGCAUAACAAAUGAUCCCAAAAAACUUUGUGGCUUCAAACAGCAAACAUUUAUUAUCUCACAAUUUGUACAGGUCAAGAAUUCAAGAACAGCUUAUGUCUGUAGUUGCACUGCAGGAUCUUUCAUGCGCUUACUUGCGGUCAAGAUGUCAGCCAAAGCUGUGGUCAUCUAACAUCUUUACUGAUGAACAGUCCACUCCAAGAUGACUCAUUCACAUGCCUGGAAAGUUGGUGUUGGUUGUUGUCAGGGGACCUUCAGUCAUUAACAUGUAGGCUUUUCCACGCAGGCCUCUUUACAAGGCUGAGUUCCUUUAUGAUUUGGCAAUAAGUUCUCCCCAAGGUUAGUGAUCCAAGAGAGGACCAGUACAGAGGCCAAAAUGGCUUUUAUGACCUAUCCUUGGGAGGACUGUUAAGCUCUCUCUUAUUUCCUAUUGUAUCGGUCUCACAACACACCAAUCCUGAUAUGAUGCGGGAGACUACAGAAGGUAUGAAUACCAGGAAACAGAUCACUCAGAAACAUCUGGGAAACUUGCCAUGGAAUUAAUGAAGAAAAGCCCUUAGCACAUCACCCUUUUAAUCUAAUCAAUAUGAAAUAGCAUUCAGUGACUCCCAUUAAUUCACUCUGAAGAGAAAAACCUUUUGAGUACAAUCUGCAUGGUAAAGUUCUCAGCUCCAACUCUUACCCUGAUGGGCCCAGAAGAUGAUGUAUUGAGAGAAUCCCGAAGAAUGGAACAGCUGUAGGAAAGCCUUCCGUGAUAUCACCGGGGAUUCACGUGACAGUUCACACUAAGGGAGAAAGUCUGCAAAUGUGUCAUCAGAAUGCAGAAGCCUUCAGGGACAGUCAUCCCAUAAGACACAUUGGAAAUCAUACAUGGAACAACACUCAAAUGUGGAAUACCCUACAGCAAAAGUGUUCACAUUACUGAGCAAAAUACAGUGUGGGCUUCUUCAGUGACCAUGGGAAAACCUUGAAUGUUCUCUCUGUUUUUAAGGGACUUGAGAAUUAAUUCUGGAGAGAAUGCCUCAUUGAACAUCAACAUUGGAGAGCUUUCCUUUUUUCCACAUUUGUUAGGAAACUUGUGAGCAUUCACACUGCAGAGAAACUUGCAAAUAUGAAGAAUAAGAGAAAGCCUUCCAUGAUGCCUCUGUGUUAGGGAAAAUAUGGAACUUCUCCCUGGAUGCAAAACCUAUGAGUGUAUUAAUGUUGGAAAAUGUUUCAGUGAUUCUUCUCUUUCUUGUAUAUGAGAGAACUUAUAUGGAGAAACCCCUAGGAAUGUAAUCAGUGUUAGGAUGCCUCAGCCUCAACUCUUCACUGAGUGGCCACAAUUUUUACUGGGAACAAAAAGUGUAAUAACUGUUUUGAGUUAUUUUCUCUCUAUCCUAGUACAGCAAAUACUGUUGGCUUCUUUCUCAGUGUCGACUCUGUAUUUGCUUAAACAAAGUAACAUGUUCAAGUUUAUCAGUGUCUCAUCUAUAGAUUGGACUGCUAGCUCAUUAAUUUUUUAGUCUUCCCCUGACUCCCAGGGAAAAUUAAUUGAAGUCUUUUUUUUUAAUAUAAACAUUUGUGUAUAGCUGUUCCCUAAAAUAAAUAUUAACAUAUUUCAUAAUUAUAAUGCAAUAUACUUAUUAUAAUUUGCUUAAGGACAUCAACACAUUGCAUAUUCAAAAAGUUAUUUCCAGAUAUCUUCUAAGUGAUUUUGUUUAUCAUAAUGGAAAUUAGUAUUUGUAAUGCACAUUUUUCUAAUGGCAUUAUUGUCAGAGUACAUGAGCUUUAUAAUACUUAUUAUUUACUCACUAUCCUGGUAUGGCAGAUACUGUUGGCUUCUUUCUCAGUGUUUAUUCUUCUUCUGUUUAUUUGCCUUAAGAAAGAAACAUGUUCAAGUUGUCUGUGAACAGUAUCGAAAGUUCUCAAUCUUAAAGUUUUUUUCCUGAAGCCCAGGCAGGUUUUUUUCCCAACUCCCUUGGCAAUGAGAAGUAAGUAGAAGUCACUGUGGGGAACAUCGUCUGGCUUGUUCUCCUCGCUUAGUUUCCAUUCAUCUCACCCAUUCUGUCUCUUGGAAAAGUGGCCUCAAGAUCUAGAGUUUGAAGAGCUUCUUUUUUUUACCAUGAUGGCAGAAACCAAAGUGCAACCAAUGAUUACAAUGCUCUGGGCUCUCCAAGAGCCUCAUGGCUGCGUCUGCUCUGGACUCCUUAUUCCUACCCUUCUUACGUGUCUAAAAGAAACCCCUAACUGAUUGAAGCCAACAUGAUCUGUUGUUUGUUUUUGAGGUGGUGUUCUGCUGAAUUCCAGCAGAAUGCAGAAUCUAACUGGUAAACCUAUAAAUUGGUCAAAUGUUAUCCAUGUUGUUUCUUUGAAAACAAUGUAUAUUCUCUAAUAUUUGGAUAUAGGGUAUAUGCACAUGAAUGUAAUGUAAUCGUAUUUCCAAAUACAGUACAUAUGUUCAGAUUUAUUUUCCUAACCUUAUUUAGUGAUAGAGGUGUAGUGAACUUUCCCAUUACGUUUAUGUAUUAACAUACUGUAAUUUUGUCAUUUUUAAUUUAUAUAUUUUGAUGUUAUAUAACUAGAUGCAUACAGGAUUAGGUAUAUUCUUCUGUAUUGUUCCUUUUUAUGUGAAGAUGAUAUUUUUACAUAGCAAAGUAUUGUAAUGCAUUAAUGACACAUGGCCAAACAUUUAUUUAUUA